AUGAAGUCUAGACAAUUUUCACAUGAGGGAGAAAUCUGUGUGAAGACAUCAAAAGAUAAAAUAUCAUGCCAGAUAAUAGGAAUGACUCUGUUGACUCCUGAUCUUCUUAUCAUCACUGACUGUGACAAUAAUGCUGUAAAGAUGGUGGAUACCAGCAGUCAAUCUGUGUCUGAUCAACUACAACAAGAUGAUGAACCAUGGGAUAUCACUAGAUUAACAAGUACUGAACUUGCUGUCACACUUCCAGACAUACAAACAAUACAAUUUAUAUCAAUCUCAUCAAACAAACUCAUAAAGAAGCACACUAUGAAGGUUGGUGGGAAGUGUCAUGGUAUAAGCUGUUACCAAGAUAUAUGGUCUAUUACAUGUAACAGAAGUUCAAUCUAUGUAUCUGACUGGGGCAUGAAGACAGUAACAAGAUUAAACUGGCAAGGUGAUGUGAUAGGUAGUUAUAGUGGUAUGAGUAUCCCAAUGGGAAUGUCACUGUCAGAUGAAGGUACUGUCUUUUUGUGUGACUGGGAGAGAAAUUAUAUAAAAGAAAUAUCAGGAGAUUGUUCUACAGGAAAGGUGGUGAUGCAGAACCUGGAAAGACCAAGGGCUGUAUGUUGGUGUGGGAAAACAAAGAAACUGUACUAUAGCUGUCUUGCUUUUAAUGAUGACAACUUCCUUCAAAUCUAUAAACUGUCAUAG